AUGGGCACUCCUCAGGCUGACUCGGAGACGGAGACGGGGCGCUUGCUCGGGGCGGUUUUGCGAAAUGAGGGCCCCGCGUCGUCUUCGGGGCUUGCGACUCGAGUUUUACAGCUUGCUCGUGUGAUUCUGAACCGGAGCGCCGAGCAGCACCCACCUGCUGGAUCCUCGAGCCUGACGACCCCGAGCCCGUCGGCGAGUGCUAGCUCACCCACCGCGACUGCCGUGUCGAGUAUGGAGGACUCGCGUGUUUUUCCGCUGCACUCGGGUGGAGGGGCUCAAGAAACGGAAACUUGGGUCAAGGCGUUGCUGGUGUUGUUGGCGAGGCUUGCUGCUUUUAGCGAUGUGUUUCUUUCCGGUCUUGUGAUACCCUUAAUUCCGACCAUUCUCGAGCAUCGCAUCCAGGUUCCCCAGCAGCAAGUCCAAAUAUGGACCUCCGUAUUGAUAUCGGCCUAUGGCGGCGCACUCGCUGUGGUCUCUCCGUUAAUCCCCUUGCUCACCCGCCAGGGUCCGUUGAGCUACGUUGUGCUGCUCGGAGGCCUGGCAUGCUCUGCUGCCGCAUUUUCUCUGCUGCAGUCGUCCUCGGGCAUCCUGCAAUUGAUUUUGGCCCGGGCCGUUCAUGGAUUUGCCGCAGCCGCGAUCACCGGAUCGUCCGCCGGCUUGUUUGCGACUGUUACGACCGCCGGACCAACUUGGCUGUCACCAGCCUUUCUCCAACACACUGCGAUGACAGGAGCCCCCUUGGUUGCCGGGUUCCUGACUGACCACUUCGACCUUGACGCCAUCUUUUUUUGCGCCUAUGCGCUCGUUGCGUUGAAUAUGCUGCUGACUUUUGUCGUUGGUGGCGCCACAUCGCUGAAGCUGGCCGGCUCGGUGGAAGAGACCACCGCGCUACUCGGGCCAGACAGCCAACAAAGUGGUGGUGGCUACGGUACGAUGGCUUCUGGCUCCGACGGCUUUAGCAGCAGGAGGUCGUCUCGAUCCGUCUCCCCGACGACAAUCCCCGCACCACGAAGCCGAUUGAGCGCGCCCGCAGCUCUUCCCGCCGGCAUUCCUUGGUCGCCACGGCUUGUCGGCGCCUUUGGCGGAUAUCUGGCCGUGAACUUCCUCACUUCGGCCCUGCAGAGUGUGCUCCCGCUUUUUGUCGAGCGGCGCUUCCACUGGUCGGCGCUGGAGACCGGAUACAUGUUUGUUCCGCUGUCGGCCCCCACCGCCUUGAUUGGUGUGGUGACAGGUGUUCUGGCGACACGUGUACCGGGCUCCACCCACUUCCUCACCUCGGCAGGGUUCUUGGCCUGCGUGCCCGCCUUUUUAUACCUGGGCCAGCUCCGCGGGCACAGCUGGGUCGUGCAACAAUCAUUUUUGCUGACUCUGAGCGGCAUUUCGUUUGCAACUGGUCUUUGCGGCGAUCCCAUGGUCCGAGAGAUUGGGAAUGCCCUCAGCGCUUCCUCUGCUGGCGACCCGCGCGCCGCUGCAGCCAUGACCACCGUCGUCCCACACCUGGCCGUGGCCUGGGGCGGCCUGAUCGGGCCGCUAUUUGCGGGAGCGGUCAAUUACCUCUGGGGAUGGCAGACCAUGAACAAGUCGAUGGCCAUCGUUGCGGGCGGCACCAGUCUCGCCUCGUUGCUGUACGUCCGGGGGUAUCUCCGCAAUUCUCCUUCGAACAGACGGUCCCAUGUUCUUGUUCCGGGACGGCCAGACGAGGAAUCCGGGUCCCUCCUAGCCAAGGGGAAAGAGGGCAGCUAUGCCCAACGACACGGCUCGACCGACAGCAAACCCCGCUCGCACCGCCGGCAUUUCAGCGUCGACAAUUUCUCCGUCGCCAACACGACUGGCCCCGGCAGCGUCGACUCGUCCACCUCCUCCGUUCGAUUCCAAGCGUCCCUCGAGACCCCCGUGUCGGGCCCGACGAACCCAAAUCCGAAACGAUCCAUCUCUAGCGAUGCCGCGAGCAAGGCCAGCAACUCGGAGCGUCGCUAUGUCAUGCGUGAGGCCCCCCAUGCACCCGCAACCGACCCAUUCCUAGCCGCCGGCAGCCUGUACGUGAUCGACGAGGAACGCGAUACCGCCCACGGAGUUGAGAGCCGGAGGAAGAACCGCCGUGUCGUGGUCUUCCCCGAAGGCACCGCACCACCGGAGCUCCUGGAGCGCCACCGCCAUCAUGUCGUCGCUAUCAACGCGCUCGAUGGCUCGGCUCAAAUGGUCUCCAACAGCACCGAAAACCACGCGGUGCACGUGACAGAAGAAGAUGGUGACGAGGAGGAUGACCUUGCGUCUGAGGUGGAGAGCUCGCGGCGGUAUGUCGUUGUCGUUGUGGAGGGUGAGGAGGCCGAGGAGUGA